UGAGCUCUAUUGUACGGACUGUCGCACAGCGUAGGAGCCGGGCAUCUGGUCAGCGGCUGAGCCGGCACGAUGAGCACCAACGUCAGGUACAAGAGCAAGAUCGGCAGGACAGCAGAUGACAAGGAGGAUGUAGAAAAACAGUAUGUGGGGUUUGCCACACUUCCCAACCAGGUGCACCGGAAAUCAGUAAAAAAGGGCUUUGACUUCACCUUAAUGGUCGCAGGAGAAUCCGGCCUAGGCAAGUCCACUCUAGUGAACAGUCUUUUUCUCACAGAUCUCUACAAAGACCGAAAACUUCUCAAUGCAGAGGAAAGAAUAAACCAAACAGUAGAAAUCACUAAACACACAGUGGACAUUGAAGAAAAAGGUGUCAAGCUGAAACUGACUAUUGUAGAUACGCCAGGGUUUGGUGAUGCUGUUAACAACACAGAGUGCUGGAAGGCCAUCACAGACUAUAUUGACCAGCAGUUUGAGCAGUAUUUCCGAGACGAGAGUGGACUGAACCGUAAAAAUAUCCAGGACAACAGAGUUCACUGCUGCUUGUACUUUAUUUCACCAUUUGGACAUGGAUUGCGGCCGGUGGAUAUAGCGUUUAUGAAGGCUCUACACGAGAAGGUGAACAUUGUUCCACUCAUUGCAAAAUCAGACUGUCUAGUACCCAGUGAAGUGAAGAAAUUGAAAGAAAGGGUAAGGCAAAUAAUAAUACUUUUAAACACCAAAACAGUAAACAACAAGAAAUGUGGAUUAUGA